AUGUACCUUCACAUCGCGAGUGAAAAGGAAAGAAAAAAAAAACCAGAGAAGCCAUCGGCACAGACGGCCAACGCGAUAUUUUCCGUCUCUCCCUCAACGAGAGCUCCUCCCGCCACAUCCGUGGUCGCCAUCGCCGACCCCCUCGAUCCCCCUCCAGCUGUCAAUCUGGCGGCUCUUCAGCCCAAGCCCUACGGCGAAGCAUCUGCUGUGGCCGCAAUGGCCCAGCCCAAUGCAGAGCCCGCCGAGGAAUACGAUACCCUCCUGCUGACUCUUUGCUCUACCAGCUAUGAAUCUCUACCGCCCAACUUUUCCCUCGUGCAGAACAUGGCUGCUGGGGCAUUUGCGGGCAUAGCGGAGCAUACCGUCAUGUAUCCGAUUGACGCCAUCAAGACUCGCAUGCAGGUCCUGAACCCCAAUCCCUCGGCCGUCUACAAUGGUGUGAUUCAAGGUACAUACCGCAUAGCUAGUCGCGAGGGCGUCCUGAGCUUGUGGAGAGGCAUGUCCAGUGUUGUUGCCGGUGCCGGUCCCGCUCAUGCUGUUUACUUCGCUACAUACGAAGCUGUCAAGCAUGUAAUGGGUGGCAACCAAGCUGGUGUCCACCAUCCUCUGGCUGCUGCGACCAGUGGUGCUUGCGCUACGAUCGCCAGCGAUGCGCUGAUGAACCCUUUCGAUGUCAUCAAGCAGCGCAUGCAGAUUCAGGGGUCGGCCAAGAUGUACCGUUCCAUGACCGAUUGCGCCAAGUAUGUCUACAAGACUGAGGGGUUGGCGGCUUUCUACGUCUCUUACCCGACCACGCUCUCCAUGACGGUGCCCUUCACUGCCCUCCAGUUCUUGGCGUACGAGUCCAUAUCGACGGCCAUGAACCCCAACAAGGGAUACGAUCCCACAACACAUUGCUUGGCUGGUGGUGUCGCCGGUGGUUUCGCUGCCGCUUUGACUACACCUAUGGAUGUCAUCAAGACGAUGCUUCAGACCCGAGGAACUGCCACCGACCCAGCAUUGAGGAACGUGAACGGAUUCAUGGCUGGUUGCCGGUUACUGUACGAGCGUGAGGGUUUCCGCGGAUUUUUCAAGGGUGUGCGCCCCCGCGUGGUGACCACCAUGCCCAGCACUGCCAUUUGCUGGUCUGCCUACGAGGCUUGCAAGGCCUACUUCAUCUCCAAGAACGACAACCCGAACCCUUGA